AUGGCUUCCAAGACCUGGUUUGAUGGCCUUAAGAGGUCCUUCGCCGAUGUUCCCGUUGGCGCAGACAACUCCAUUUCUACCACCGAGUUCCUCGAAGCCUCCGAAUCCCUCACUACUUUGUUCGAUGUGCUCGGCUCCGUGGCUUUCACUCCCGUCAAGAACGACCUACUUGGAAAUGUCAAGAAACUCAGAGACCGGCAGCUGGCUGCCCCUGCUGAGUCUGAGACUGUUCAGUCUCUUUCAGUGAACGAACUGAAGACCAAGAAGCACACCGCCUCUGAAGGUCUACUCUGGCUUGUUAGGGGCCUUGACUUCACUGCCCAAGCCCUCCGCCGCCACGUCGACAAGACCGGUGAGGAGCUUGCCAGCUCCUUCCGUGAAGCCUACGGUGUUACCCUCAGCAAGCACCACAAUUUCAUUGUGAAAAAGGUCUUCAGUGUGGCCGUAGGUGCUGCUCCUAAUAACAAGAACUUCUACAAGUCCCUCGCCUCUAGUACCGACGAUGUCUCCGCCGAGACCGAAGCGAAGAUCCAAGAGCAGUUGACCCGCGAGGUGAAGGCUCUGGAGAAAAUCGUUUCCAUUCUUCAGAAGUUCCAGGAGCAGCCCGAUGCCAAGUGGUAA